AUGACAAUCUCUUUGAAUCCUUAUAAAUAAAAACAAAUGCAAAAUUUAGAAAUUUUGCUGCUUUCAGUUGUUAUAAUUAGUCUAGCUCUGUAAACGAUAAUAUUUAUGUAAGAUGAUAAUUUAGAUAAAACCUUAAUUUUAAUAAUUAUCAUAUUUAUUUUUAAUCUUUAUAAUUUGAUAAAGAUAAUUUUUGAAUAUUAUAAAUCUGCUUUAGAAUUAGCUUUAAGGUCUAAAAGUAGAAAAUUUAAGAUUAUUUUAAAUUUAUUAUAUAAAUUUAAAAUCAUUAAAUUUGAUAUCAAGAAUAGAUAAACUUCAUUAAUAAGGAUAAGCCAAUUGUGGAAAAUUAUAAACAAAAAUAAGCAUCUUUUAAAUUAUGAAUUUGAAGUUUCCUUGAAAUAAUAAACUAUCUCUAAGAGUUAAAAAAAUUAUAGCAAUUAUCCAGGUACAUAAUUAGAACUCCUCACAUAUAACGAAAAGGAAAAGGAAAAAAUUAUAGACAAUUGA